UUGUACUCUUCAUCUACUUCAAUGUCGAGGCAAAAAAAAACACAGAACAUUUAUGUAUACUUAAAUCUGAAUUUAUUUAUUUAUUCAUUUAUUAGGACAAAUGGUGACAAUGAGGCCUCUCUUUAGUUUGCCCUUGUUCUGGUGUUUAAUCAAUGGUGCUUCUGGUUUUGGUGCAGACAGAGAGAUUGUAUUUGUGACAGAGGAAGAUUUAGUCACUCUAAACACUGGUGUUAAAACAAAGCAACAAGACAAGAUUAUAUGGUAUUUUAAUGCCAUUCGCAUUGCUCAAAUCACUGGGAGUCAGAGUAAGCUCUGUACAGAUAAUCAAUGUAUAGAAAGAUUCAGUGACAGACUGAAGCUGGAUCAUCAGACUGGAUCUCUGACCAUCAUGAACAUCAAAAUCACAGACUCUGGAGAGUAUAAAUUGAAGAUAAUCAACAGCAGCAGUGACAGUGAAAAGAUCUUCAGUGUUUCUGCUCAUGAUGUUCCUGCUGCAGAACGAAAUGAAAUGAAGAGAAAGGAGGGAGAUUCUGUCACUGUACAUCCAGGAGAAAUUAAAAAACAAAUUUAUUUGAUGACGUGGUAUUUUGAUGACAUUCUUAUUGCUGAAAUCACUGCAGAUCAAAGUAAGAUCUGUACAGAUGAUCAGUGUGAUGAGAGAUUCAGAAACAAACUAAAGCUGGAUUAUCAGACUGGAUCUCUGACCAUCAUGAACAUAACAAAAACAGACUCUGGAAAAUAUACACUACGAACUGACAGCAGCAUAUUCAGCAUCAUUAGGAGAUUCAGUGUUACUGUCACUGAUUCAGGUCUGUCUUCAGCUGCUGUAACAGGAAAGCAUGCUGCUAUUAUUGGUGGUGUUACUGCUGUUGUUCUUUUGCUGGCUGCAGUUGCUGGUGUGAUUUACUGUAGGCACAGAGCAAGAAAAAAUGGCAAGUAUUACAGCUGAUCUUACAAAAUGCAAUGAUGAGACUUAUUGUGCGAACAUCUUUCUUUUUAAAUAUGUUAAGGCAUGUGGUUUUAUUUUAAUUGGCCAAAUUAAAAGUGUGUUAUUAUUGUCCAAACAGGAAAGAGUCCAUCACACAUUCAUGACAAGUGUAGUGAUACAGAAAUACAGCCCCUUAAUCAGCCUGCGAAUAUGGGGAGAGAUGUCACAUCCCAGAAGGACGUUGCUUACGGGACACCCUUUAAUCAGACAGAGAUUCCGCAGAUGGAUGUCACUAAUGAGAUGUCACUUAAUCGGACUGAGAUUCCGCAGAUAGAUGUCACUAAUAAGACAUCCCUUAAUCAGACAGAGAAUCAGACAGAGAUUCCGCAGAUGGAUGUCACUAAUAAGACAUCCCUUAAUCAGACAGAGAUUCCGCAGAUAGAUGUCACUAAUGAGACAUCCCUUAAUCGGACAGAGAUUCCGCAGAUAGAUGUCACUAAUAAGACAUCCCUUUAUCGGACAGAGAUUC